CCUGCUUUUCUUCUCUCUCUCACACUCACACACACUCUCCCCUCAUUCCUCCAGCUUUCCGCAGACAUCAUGGCCGAGGCAUUCGUGGGCACAUGGAACCUGAAAAACAGCGAGAAUUUUGACGAAUACAUGAAACUGCUGGGCGUGAGCUUCCCCGUCCGCAAAUUGGGCAACAUGACCAAGCCCACCACCAUCAUUGCGGUGGAGGGCGACACGGUGACGGUCAAGACGCGGAGCAGCGUCAAGAACACUGAACUCUCCUUCAAGCUGGGGGAGGAGUUCGACGAGACCACUGCCGACAGCAGGAACGUCAAGUCACUGGUGACAAUAGAAAACGGCAAGAUGGUGCACAUCCAGCGGUGGGAUGGCAAGGAGACCAGUCUGGUGCGAGAAGUCAACGACAACGCCCUCACGCUGACGCUGACUUUGGGAGACGUGGUCAGCACGCGCGCCUACGAGCGGGCGGAAUGAAGACCUUCCACGCACUCGCCAAAAAACAUCCUUGCAUCCACACAGCCCCAAAACCCAUGUGUGGCAACUCACCUUUCCUUCGUAUAGCGGAGUGUCAGUAUUACGCCAUCUGUGGACCCGUCCCGCUCUGCCGUCCACCUCUACUGUUAAAAACACUGAAAAUAUCUCAAUGAAAUUUUAUUGAUUUUUUUUGGAAUAUGCUUCUUUUUUGUUGUUUUUUUGUUUUGUCUGCAGUUGAGAUGCAUGAAAUCCAUUUUCAAACCUACAAAUGUUUUCAACUGAAAAUAACGGAUAUAAUUAAAAAAUAUACCAUCUGAGGCGAAA